AUGGGGAGAUGUGUAGUGUUGGCAAUCCUGCUAUUGCUACUUCCUAACACAGUGGGCAAAGCAGGUUCUGUUAAAUGCAUCCAAAGUGAACCUCAUCGCAUCUUACAGGAGUGGCACAAACCAGGUGACAUCUUCAUUGGUGGGGUUACCUCUCACAUCGUUCCUCUUUUGUCUGAGAUAACGUUUACAAAGGUUCCUUCUCAAGACUGGAUAUACUUUCCAAUAUUGAUCACCAAGUUCAUCCAACAUAUCCUAGCCUUGGUCUUCACCAUUGAUGAGAUCAAUGAGAAUCAUGAGCUCUUACCCAAUGUUACUCUUGGGUUCCACAUCCAUGACAGCUACACUGAUUCAAGGACAACCUUUCGUGCCACUUUGGACCUGCUCUCUAAAUCACAUCAGUUUCUUCCUAACUACAAGUGUGGAAGCAAUGGAAAAUUAGCAGGUGUCAUUGGUGGACUAAGUGAUGAUACUUCCUUGUGUAUGGAAGAAAUCCUAGGCAUUUACAAAGUUCCCCAGAAAGUUUUAGCCUUUGAAGAAUUUCUUCAGAAAGUAAAGCCUUCUUUGGAAAAUGGGAACAGUUUCAUCAAUAAUUUUUGGGAAAGUGCUUUCAGUUGUUCAAUUUCAAACUCAACCGCAAUAGAUGCUUGUACUGGAGAAGAGAUGCUGCAGAAUCUUCCCACACCUUUCUUUGAAAUGAGCAUGACUGGUCACAGCUACAGCAUCUACAAUGCAGUUUAUGCCAUGGCACAUGCCUUAGAUAUGAUGUAUUCAUCCAACCGCAGAUCUAAGGCAAUAUCAAUAUCUCAAGACAUUAAGCCCUGGCAGCUCCAUUCGUUUCUUCAAAAAAUCUCUUUCAACAACAGUGUUGGAGAUGAAGUGACCUUGAAUGAACAGGGAGAAGUUACAGAUGGAUUUGAUCUCAUCAACUUGGUCACUUUUCCAAAUGGCUCCUACGCCAAGGUGAAAGUGGGAAAACUGAAUCCUAAAACCCCUUUAGAGAAAGAAUUUGUGGUGGCUGACGAAAGAAUCCAGUGGCAUGGAGAUUUCAAACAGGUACCCCCUACUUCUCUUUGCAAUGAUCCGUGCCAGCCUGGCUUUCACAAGGUCAAGAAGGAGUCUGAGGCCUUCUGCUGCUAUGAUUGUCUUCAAUGUGAGGAAGAGAAGAUUUCCUAUCUGAUGGGUACGUAUAUGGACCACUGUAUCAGUUGCCCAGAAGAUCACUAUGCAAAAAAUGGUGAAAAUGUGUGCGUUCCUAAAGUUAUACAUUUUCUCUCCUAUAAAGAACCUUUGGGGAUCACCUUGACUUCAUAUACUAUCUCCCUCUCGUUGACUGCGUCUUUUGUGCUAGGAGUUUUUAUUAAGCACCAGCACACGCCCAUCGUCAAAGCCAACAACCAGGGUCUCAGCUACAGUCUGCUUGUAUCCCUCAUCCUUUCCUUCCUUUGUGCAUUCUUCUUCUUUGACCGUCCCAUACAAAUGACUUGUCUUCUUCGACAAACAUCCUUUGGCAUCAUCUUUUCUGUGGCAAUUUCAUGCAUACUAGCAAAAACCAUCAUGGUGAUCCUGGCUUUUUUGGCCAUCCAGCCGCAUUCCAAGAUGAAUAAAUGGGUGGGGAGAAAACUGCCAGUUUUUAUUGUCCUCUUCUGUUCUCUUGUCCAAGCAGGCAUUUUGGCCACCUGGCUGGGAACAUCACCACCAUUCCCAAAUGUUGACAUGCACACAUUAGAGGAAGAGAUAGUUCUGGAAUGUAAUGAAGGCUCAACUGAAAUGUUUUAUUGUGUUCUAGGAUAUAUGGGCUUCCUUUCCAUUGUAUCUUUCUUUGUGGCCUUUUUGGCCAGAAAUUUACCCGAUAGCUUUAAUGAAGCGAAGUUCAUCACCUUCAGCAUGUUGGUCUUCUUCAGUGUCUGGCUGUCCUUUGUUCCAACCUACAUGAGCACCAAAGGAAAAUACAUGGUAAUUGUGGAGGUCUUCUCUAUCUUGGCCUCCAGCACUGGCUUGCUAAGUUGUAUCUUUUUCCCCAAAUGCUAUGUCAUUUUACUAAGACCUGACCUAAAUCGCAGGGAGCAACUAAUAAAGAAAAAGAAAUAA